AUGGAGAAUUAUGCUAUAGCUCAAAGGUUUCAAUUCCGGGUUGAUCGGUCUAAUGCUGUCAGCAUACUGUUGCCUAAAGUACAGCAGAUUUUUGAUAAGUUCUGCACUUCUGCAGUUGAUAUUUUGCUGGUUAUACCAUCAAGUGAAUACUUACAUACGGUUAACGAUGGUGGGAGGAAUUACACAGUCUGCCUGUUAGAGAGAAAAUGUGUUUGUGGGAGGUUCCAAAUUGAUGAAUUGCCAUGCCCACAUGCUUGGGCUGUAUUGAAGAGCAAGUUUCUAAUGCCAGAAGAAUAUUGCUCUAACUAUUACAAACCAAGUACAAUUGUAAUGACAUACGAUGUGCCAGUGCAUCCGCUACCGGAUAAAAAUGACUGGAAUAUACCAGAACAUGUUGCAGAGGAGGUUGUACUACCACCCAAAUGGAAAAGACCUCCUGGAAGGCCAAAGAAGAAGCGCCUGCAUCCGAAAAAUCAACAUUCAUGUAGCAUAUGUGGGCAGGGAGGACAUAACAAGCGAACGUGUAGAAAUGCUCCGUGUAAUAAAUAG